AUGCCCAGCCCACCAGUUCAGAUGCCACCUCCGCAGGGGUAUAUGGCCAACCCAACAGUUCAUAUGCCACUAUCGCAGGGUUAUAUUCCUAGCCCACACGGGUACAUACCCAGCCCGCAAGGUUAUAUUCCUAGCCCGCAAGGUUUUAUGACACCCCAUGGAGGUGCAUAUAUGGCUAUGCUUAAUGAUCCAACAUAUGGUUCAUAUACAUCUUAUUUGGCUGAUAGUUCUCCUCCUCCACAAACACCUCCACCUCCAUAUGGAUCACAUACAUCGAUGUCAAUAUUUUCACAGUUUUCUCACUUUUCUUUGAGUGGUGGGAUAAUUAGUAAUACUCCUCCAGGGUCGUUAUUUUAUACAUGCCCUUCAUUGUCAUCCAUGCCAAAUGAACAAAAUGUAGAUGAUGAUGAUGAUAGUGAAGAUAAGGAGAAUGAAGAGGAAGUUAUACGAAGAAAUCCUUAG